CUCUACCAAACAGUAGACUACUUCCGCAAUGAUCUUAUAGAUACGGUUUACGAUUAGACCUUUAUAAUUAUCUAGAUCUAGGUGGUCUAGACUUGAUCUAAUUUAUAUUAGAUCUAAUUAUAAAGAUCUAGAAUUUUAAUCUGAAUCUAAGACUAGGUUCUAAACGGUAACAUUCAGCGAAUCUGAAUACUGAAUUGGUCUGAAUGCUUUCAAUUAUGAGUAUGAAUACUAUGAAUAAAGACUAAACUCUAAACUCUAAAUAUUCAAAAGGUUGACUAGCUAAAUCAAAACAGUAUAAAAGAAAAAGUCAAUAAAAGAAUGAUAGUUUCAGGAUUUACAAUGAAGAAAAAAUUUUAUUCUGAUGAGUGCAAUGAUCUGGCACCUGGACAACAUAGUCAUUGUAUUCGUUGUCGUCAAGUCAACUGCACCCAGUUUGCGGACAAUGUAACUGCAUGUGUCAUAGUGACAUGCGAACUAUGUGGCUGGCGCUGCCAUGAGUGUAAGCAAGGAGAGCACCAACUUACAUGUCCAGAAGAGCGAGUCCAAUGUGUCAACAAAGAGUAUGGCUGUCCACAUGUGCUGAAAAGGUCAAGGAUGUCAAGUCAUUUGCCAGUAUGUCCAGCUAGUGUUGUAUGCUGUGCUGAAGAAUGGAGCAGGUGGCCAAUGCAUGCUAAAGACAAAGGCAUGCGCCUUCCUCUUCCAAAUGUAAAGACCUACCUUGAUUGUGGGCAAUUAGACGUUGGCCUCGCUAUGCGAGAUCAGAGAAUGCUGAUUGACUCUCUUCGAGCCCCUCAUAAACUGCGCCGCACCUUGAGAAAUCAUCUAACUCAAAAGUAUCCUGCAGCCCCUCUUACACACCGCAACUCUUCCUUUGAUUCAGAUGCAGCUGCUUCGGCUGACACAUCCCAGACUGUUUCAGAUGAUGAGACUGAUGCACCUUGGGAUUUGUCUAAGCUUCAUCCAGGAUUAAAAGAAAGUAUAAGAAGCAGGCUGUUUAAAGUAACCAAAGAGACAACAGACAGUUUAGCCAGUGCCCUAGAGGUAGCUUCCAUGGGCAUGCACUCAUCACCAGCAAGAGUUUUGGGGGUUACAGAAGGGGGAGACAGUCAUGAUAUUUCUUGUGCUCUGUGCAGAGGGUCUCCUGAGACAGACCUGUCAGUAAAAUCGGUGAUUAAUGAAGACACCACAAGUGAUAAUAAGCAAGAUUUACCAGAAAGCAUUAAGAAUGGGGAGUGCAUUGAAAAAUUUACUUCAUUUGACUCAGGAGACAGGUCAACAAGGGCAUCACAGUCAGCUGAUAGGUCACUGAGGAGCAGCCGAUCCUCAGACCGCUUUAGUGACACCAGCAUGAGAUCAAAGUCCAUCCUGCAGGACUUUGGGGGUACACAGCUGUACAAACUUUUAGGGUAUCUACCUGAAGAAGGACCAGAAAUACAUUUGGGCAAAAUGUUGGGUGUCAACAUUGGCUUUGAGUGUAUUAACAAGUAUGUUGCCAAGCCAGCCAGUAUGUAUACGUUUAUCUGUGCUCAGAAUUUUAGACGAGAUGAAUACAGGUGGCAUUUUAAGAAUGUUCACUUAGAAAUUCAUCAAGGUUUUAGUGGCUGGCUAGAGCAACGAUGUCCACUAGCCCAGUUGGGAUGCACAUAUUCUUUCCACCGAAUGGAACCCACUCAACCCAAUAGACAGCUUCAUCAUUCUCCAUUGCUGGAGAGUUUUGGUCUCAAAAGUACUGUUCAACCUAUGCAAGUUACCAGGUCAAGGAAAGUUGCUCCAGAUAAUCAUUGUUCUGCCAUUUCUAGCAAGAUAUCCAAAGAAUGCCAAGAGGCCACCAUUAAGAAAGAUACCAUACAAGAGGAAAGUGCAUGCAACAAAAAGACUCCAAGCAUUAAUGACUUGGUCUCAGUAGACAAGGACUUCCAACUUUUAACUCCGGAUCAGUUCAAUCUGUGCCACACAAUUAGUGAAGAUGCAGGGAAUAAGUCUGAGAGCAAAACUGCACCAACAGAGAGCCAGCACAGAGAUGGCAAUUCUUUGAUGAGAGUGAAACCAACUGUUUAUACUGCUGUGAAUUGGGAUUCCAAAGUUUUGUUUCAGUACGAUGUAGAGGAGGACAAUGAGGAUAAGCAAGAUGAACAGCACACCUCACUCAGUUUGGCCAGUUUACCUUUUGAAAUUUUACAGCACAUAGCUCAACAUUUAGAUAGUUUCAGUUUAUGUAACUUGUCGCUGACUUGUCAUCUAUUACGUGAUGUAUGUUGUAGUCUACUCAAUGACCAUGGAAUAGUUCUUUUAAACUGGCAGAGACAAAAGCUUGCAGAAGGCUCAGGAUACACUUGGCGGGUAGCCAGUAAGCGUUGGUUGUUCAGUACCAGCUUUGAACCUAUACGUGCCUGGAAGUUUACAGACAAUUACCUUACUAUGGCAGAUCAUCUCAAAGUCUGUGCUUACAAUAAAGAUAUUCUGUCACAUGCCAUGCCAUUCAGGGUCACAGAGCUGCCUUCUCAACUCCCAGACGACUCUCAAAAUAAAGCUUUAUCCUGGCUUGUCUCCCACUCAGCUGCUGAGGAAGCACAACCUCACUCUCAUUGAUGUUGCAAUGAGAAUAGAGAGUUUAGUAGUGAUACUUGUAGUUAUUUAUUUAUACUAUUGUUUUAUGUGGUUGACAUGAUUUAAGUAACAGCCUUGAGUUUCGACUAAAUGUUCUGUAAAAUUACUCACUGUUUAAUAUAUUUUGUCUUACCAAACACAAACUUGGUAUAGCAUAACAUUCAACAAAUUAUCUUUAAUAAGUAGUAGAAAACAGAUUCAUACUAAAUGCAUAUAAUCGUAUAAACAAAAGUAAUAUAGUAUAUUAAAACUAUAUAAAGAAAUGCUAGUUACACAAACGCAAUGCAUUGCUUUAUAUUGCUAUUCAGUGAUAAAGUUCAUUUUGUAGUGCUCAACAUACUGCGUUUUAGUUCUUUUGAAAACAGCAAGUGGAAAGAAAAGAAAUCUAGAAACAUUUAAUUUUAGAAAUCAUUUAGUGGACUCUUUCUUCUUUGUGUUUUUUAUUUAAAUUUGGUGAUUAAUUUUCUUAGGGCAGGGCUCACAACCCUGCUCAUGUGAUUUUUAGAAAUUUUAAUUUGCAGGCCUACAUGCUUGAUAUUAAUUUACCUCAUUCCAUACUGGUAAAAAAAAAACUGUCCAUAUCUUUUACAGCCAAGCCAAAGCAUUUUUUUGUUGUUCAUUUAUAAAAUAGAGGAUCAAAGGACUGGGUUCAUAAGUUUAACAAAACAUUUCUUGCCUUAUAAAAUUUAUUUUACAUGUUUUAAAUUUUUUUUUGUUUAUUUCAUAAGUUAUUAAUGCUAACUAGAUCUAUAUUAUUUUAAACCAUGUCCCAUCCAUGGUGAAAGUAAAAUGCAGGUUUGGUUGGGGCUCCUGGAAAAGUAGCUGCCUCUUAGAGGCUGAGCUCUUUGAGUUCAUGUAACCUGAUCAAUCGGUGAUAUACCUUUGUGCCAUAUCCAGUCAGUGAUGCUGUGCUACCUGGCCUUCUGUCCUAAAAAAAAAAGAUAAAGCAUCGUUGUGAUAAAUGGAACCUUGUUAUAUUUAUUGGGUCAAUAUGUGUCUUCACUCUUUCAAAAUCUCUGAGGCAUGAAAUUAUGUUCCUGGGUGUCUGGGGACAAUAAUUUGUACAGGUCUAUGUAGUGAGAAGAAUGUCCAGCUAAGUUUACUCUCUCCCAUAAAAUCUCAAAACGGCUAUUAGUGGCAUUAGGCUCAGAUUGUACUCAUGAAGAUUUGCUUCUUUUGAUUAUCUUCCAUGCAAAGUUUAACCAUAUUAGAACAGUUUUGUUUAAGUUUUUGUUACUAUUAAUGAUUGUGUUAUAUUAAUAUAGACCUGUGUUUAAAUGUAUUUUGCUUCUCUUUAUCCCUGGGUUUAUUUUAACAUACUCUAGUCAACUUCUAUUGGUGCAUUCUGUCAUUGUAAAAGAGAAAUUUAAAUGUACAAUAGUUUCUUAUCAAGUCUCAACUAAUAGUAACCCUGAGGAUAGAAUCUAGUAAGCAAGGGGAAAAAAUUCUUAGCAAUGAAUCUUCUGACCUAUUCACCACAAGUUUAUUUUAUUCAAAAGGUUUUUUAAUAGUGUUGGCCUAAUUUGUCAACCUGUGGAGCGCAUCUUCCCCCUCCAAAAGUGGCAAGAAAGUUGUGGGGUUUUUUAAGGGAUAAAAAUUCUGUUGUUUGAUUUGAAUUAUUAUUGUUUUAGAUACAUUCUUAAAAAUUGAUCAAGUAAAAAGGUAAUUGUUUCAACAUUUAAAAGUUAAAUAAAUAUUUUUACUUUUAUUAAAUAAAUAGACUUCUUUUUAUCUUUGAAGAAAAACUAGUUAUAUAUUGUCUUUACCAAGAUUGAGAUCAUUUUCAUCUAUUUCCACCAAUGUGUUUCUACUACUUUCUACAUAUUACUUUCAAGUCAGAAGAGUCAAAUUUUUCCUAAGCACUGUACCAUCAUUCUGUUGCCUUUUAUGUCCAAAACAGGCUGGUUACUAUGUGUUGUAUGUUACCCGGACCUCGAACAAGACAAGCUGUCAGGCGCAUGCGGCCUUGCUGCAUGUAGCUUUGACGCAGAACUCACUACGAUAAUCAUGGCACUACGCCAUAUAGGGGGAAAACUCCAUAAAAAGGAAACCGUUGCGGCUUCUGUUGUAAUGGUUACCGAUUAUAGCUUCUGCCUCCAAGCCAUGGCUGGCUUGAGGGGGAAAGUCACCUUUGGUAGAAGAGGCAUUAGGCGCUACAAAUAACAUCCACCUAUUUAUUGGAGCUGUCAACUUUAUGCUGUGGGUGCCCUCGCACUGCGGUGUGCGGGGUAACAAGGCGGCUCUAGCACGAGAAGGAGCGCUGGCCGUGCCCACUUUCAAGGCCCCAAGUACGUUUAACCAAGCUACGACAUAAAUCCGAGAGUGUGUACAUGACAAGUGGUUGAAAUCUUGGGAUAACUCCAACAAAGCCCGUGGAGUCUGGCAGCAUUUGCGUCACUCCAUGGUGGAGGCUUUAAAGGCCAGAACAAUCAGUCAUUGGGCACUGCCCUGUUGGUGCUUACUUUGCCUGGUUCCAGACAAAUUUUGAUGCCCGUUGCCGACACUGUGGAGAGUCAGUGGAAACAGUGGUGCAUAUCUUGCAAGAGUUUCCGCAGCUCAGAGUUAGUCUGCAGAGUCACUCGACUUGUAUGGGAUCUUAAAGGCACUACGCCUAACAGCAGAGUUUCUUGCCAAGACUCUACGGGAGGACUAAUCCUUCCAGCCUUGCUACCAAAUGGAGUUCAUCUCAGGUUACUAUGUGACUUUUUCAAAUCUCACAUUGCCCUUCUUUAAAAUUACUUCUGCAGCUCUUAAUGCAGGAAAUGGUUUGGCACUGGGGCUCAGCCUUAGACAUGAAAAGUUGGAGGGGGGGAUGAUAGGGAAAAGGUUGAGAAACAUUUAUUGGGUUAACAUUAUAAAUGAAAAAAUAGCAAAGGACUUGAGGCAAAUUAUGUUUUGUUUUACAUAAUUCGGAUGUUCCUUCAGAGUUGAAGAUAGUUUACUUCCUAGUCCAAACCUCCCGCAGGACGACGGGGGAUGGGAGCGGGCAGGGUUUGAACCCUCGACAAAUCCGAACAACAGUCCAGCGAGCAAACCACACGACCAGGCAGCCAUCCAUGUCUAACAAUACUUUAAAUAAUAAUGUAUUGAUGACCAAAAUGUUUGGGUCAUAUCAUAGAAUUCUAGUAGAAGCACAAUCUAUUUAUUUGUAGCCUAAAUUUGUACUCUAAUGCCAAAUAUAUUUUUGAAUAAAUACACUUUGUAUAAUUUAAUAAAAAACUUUAUUCAAUUUGUACUAAGCAUUUUGGUUUUCAUUGAAAGAUAUCAUCUCACAAUUUUUAUCAUUGCAAGUACAGGCCUAUGCAUAGCAGAGUAAUAAAUAACACACACAAAGAAAGGAUAGAGAAUGAAAUCUAAGAUUAUUGAUAGUGAUGGGCAAAAGUUAACUAAAAAGUUAGAAACUAAAAAAAAUUGUUUAACUAGAAACAAAGUUUAGUUUAAUUCGUAGUUUAAUAUUUUUUUUUUUAGUUACUAACUAAAAAGUUUAAUUAAACUUUUUACAACUUUUCAACAUGUGGUCAGGGUUGAAACACACAUCAAUAACUUUGAUUAUCAGAAAAAAUGAUGCAGUUAACAACUAUUUAGUCAGUCUGCUUUUGAAGAAGGUAAAGUAAGAUGCUGGUAAAAGUUAUGGGAGUAAAUAUUUGCAACUGAAAGUAGCCAAAGUAUUAUAAAAUGUUUUUUGCCAAAAGCUUCUAUGCAAUAUUAUGAAUGGGGUUGCUCCGAAUUUUUUUGUGAGCCUCGUGGAGGUGUUCAAUUUUUGUUUAUAGAGGGAAUUUGAUUAGUGAGUUAGGUCAAUAUUUAGUGGUUUUAAUCAAUUCAUUAGCAGCAAACAAUUUUUUUACUGCAGGAACAUCAAGUACUCUCUUUUUAUAGUCUUAAGACUUAUUAUUGAGUUCUAAAUCGACAGCUAGGCCAUUCUUUUCUUUCUAAAGGUUUUAAUUCAAGGCAAAAAUACAAGCACACAUAUUUAUUUAGACAUCUUUUUUUUUAUUUUAUUGUGCAUUAACAUUUAUGUUAGAAACAUAUUCCUUAUUACUGAUUUUACUAUGGAUAAAUAUUUCUACAAUGCUAAAAGAAUAAGAUCGAACCGUAAAGCAUAGAGCUGGAUGAUUAUAUCUAUAUAGAUCUAGUCCUAGUUCAACCCUGCCCCACCUCCCUUCCCCCAAAACAGUUAUGAAAAUUUUUUUUAGUUUAACUACAUUUUGAAAUUCAUGAUAAAAUUUUAGUUUUAAAAGUUAGUUUAGUUCCCAUCACUAAUUAUUGAUGGAAAAAUUAAAGAACCUUGCAAAAAUCAAUAAUAGAGAAAGAAGGCCAAAGAAUUAUAUUUAAUUUUUAUUGCUUAAAAAGAACCAGUACAUGAAGGAUCUGCAAUAGAUAUCAGUGUGGUUGAACUCAUUGAAAAGAUUAACAUACACUUGUGUAACAUUUUACUGAUGCAGACAAUUAUCUUCCAUUUCCAGUAUGGGUAUAACACAUCAGUUGUUUUUAAUUGCACAUGCAGUCUACUGUAUUGAAAAAUACAAUUGGAGCUUUGUUUCUCAACAUGUUAGUUCUUAUUAAUGGAAACUCAGUUGAGUGCAUUGAAACAAACCUUGAAUGUAUUGCUCAUCUGGGAAUGCUUUUCAAUUGGUACCGUAUUAAAAGUAUUGAAACUUCAGUAGAAUUUUUUUAAAAAUUAUUGUUCAUUGUGCUGAAUGAAAUACUACUAGGGCAUGAGUUGAGUAUAGUAAUGCUGAGUACACUAAAAAAGAAUCAGACAUUUUAAUAGCCAAGCUUAUAGUAGAGAUAAGGUUACAAACUAUUUCUGUUACACCUCAUUAAAAAAAAGAUUCUGUAAUUCUAAUAGGUUGUUUUUUUUUAGUUUUUGGCACAUAAAAAAAUAAAAUCACAAAAAGUUCUUAUUUUUUAGGAACUGUUAAUACUGUUAUAUUUGAGUUAUGAUCCUUUGUUGUGAACAAGAAGUUCUGCCCAAGAUGGUGUCAGAUGAUAUCAAAUUAAAUGUUACUGCUCAAAUUCUACAUUUGUUGUUUUGAUGCUUCAAUAAUAAUUAACAGAGUGGCAGCAAUGGGACUUGAACUCUUGUUCAAUAAAU